UAUUUAAUAAAUGUCUCACAAAAAUAUCCAUCAAAAAAUGCAAAGCCAUCACUCACAUCUACAAACUCGACAAUGGGGAAUGCCCUCACGCCCCACCAUCUAUAGUCGGGGUCACUGCCAAUCCGCCCGCAUGACGUACCAGGAGCAAACACCAGGUGCAGCAGAGCCAAAGCAUACACCGCCUGCGCACGCUUUAGAAGCCGCCACCACCAUCGUACCGUUGGCCUAUCUUUAAGAAAGAGAUCCACAUCAUCCUUGUCAGGUCGGUCGGCCAUCGACACCGCCACGGCGCCAAAUAGCACCACCGGCCUGCACUCGUCCAUCAAGACACAUCUGCCAUCAGGACUGCACCAUGCCGCCGAGACCCGCCGGCAUCGACGCGGUAGAUACAACGCAGCUCCACCUCUGGACCCCUCCAACCAGCACUUGCUCCAAUAACAAUGCCCCCAAGAGGGGUGUGACGCCAGACGUUAGCAUCAUCCGAUCUGAUAGACCCAGACCCAGAGUUUCACUGGAGCAAACAUCCCUUCCCGACAAGUUUACAUAGUGAUCCAACGCCUUUACGCCUUCGUGAUCUCUCCGGCAGAUAUGAGCUCCAAAACAGUGCCUCCAAGAAGAUAGACGACGCCACAUGCCGCCAUGCCGCCACUGUCCGGUCUAUGCUGACUCGGUCCGUGCGAAGAGUUUGCUAGUCAAACGCCAUGUCCAGCCUUAUAUUAUCUGCUGAACCUCGACCAACAUCUUCGAGUUAGAUUAUCCUUCCCUGUUGGAUCAGCACUACCUCAGUUUGUUCACCAACUGCCAGCCACGCCUUGCAUGUCCAGCCUUAUAUUAUCUGCUGAACCUCAACCAGCAUCUCCGAGUUAGAUUAUCCCUUCCCUGUUGGAUCAGCACUGCCUCAGUUGGUUCACCAACUGCCAGCCACGCCUUGCAUGUCCAGCCUUAUAUUAUCUGCUGAACCUCGACCAGCAUCUCCGAGUUAGAUUAUCCUUCCCUGUUGGAUCAGCACUGCCUCAGUUUAUUCACCAACUGCCAGCCACGCCUUGCAUGUCCAGCCUUAUAUUAUCUGCUGAACCUCGACCAGCAUCUCCGAGUUAGAUUAUCCUUCCCUGUUGGAUCAGCACUGCCUCAGUUUGUUCACCAACUGCCAGCCACGCCUUGAGCAGAUUGCAUAUAUGCUGGUGUUUUACUGUCGGCUGAUCCUUCAGAGUUUCGGUUCCCAACUCAGUAGGUUCACCUAUUGACCAACUCAAAGUAAAGACGUGAGCAUUUGGAUUCAUUAGCGUGCUCAUUUCUCUGACCUUUGCAUUCGUUCCUUGGAUUAUGCAGAACCAUUACAACCAAAGAAGAAAUUUCAGCUAAUGCAUGGUGGAGUCAGAAGUUGGGUGUUCCAUCCAGAGUCAACAACUAAGUGCCAGGAGCCUCUGUCUUCAUAUCUCGACAUAGUUCUGCAUAAUCCACCCUAUCGAAGGUAAUUACAUUACGUGUGGUCCGAAUUGCACGAUGGAUGAUUCAGGUUUUUGGCAAGAGUAUACUAAUUUGUGCCAUGUAUGUGGUGGAAUGCAUGCACCUUGGUGCAGGUUUCACUCACCCUUUUAACGAAUCGAACUUUCAUGAGGAGGAAGUUAGGGCAUCUCCAGCCGUUUGGCCCCCCCAGGAGGCAUUUCUUUCGCCCCUUGGGGGGCUGCCGGCGAAAUAUUUUGCCUGGGGGCGUAAAUCUUUCCACUCGUUGCGCCCCCCCAGGAGCAGUGUUGAGGCUCAAGUAGGCAGCGGCAUUUCGUCGAGGAGGUCACAGGCGAUGUCGUGGGCACGCUCCGGUGCAAACAGGCCCUGCUCGCGGCGCAGUCCCUCCAUUUGGAGAGGUCAGGGGAGGAAGCGAGUCCGGCGAGGUCGUGCUCCAUGUACUCGAAGACGGGGUAGAUGCUGGCGGAGGAGCGGGAGGUGAUGAGGCCGUGGAUGCUGAUCACGUCCGCGCUGCCCCACGGCAUGCUGUUGGAGGUCUUCAGGCGGCUGCCGGUGCGCGGUGGUGUGCCGCCGCUGGCGCCGCGUCAUGUCCCGCGCGCCCGGCCUCCCCGCCCCGCCACUUCGGCUUCUUCCGCAACCACGGCCCGUCCGCGCUGCCGCCGUUCGUCCUCACCGCGGGCGUCGUGCUCGCGCCCCAUCAACGGCGUUGGGUGCGCGUCCACUGGUGACACAGGAGGAGGAGGGGGGAAGGAAGAGGUGCCGGUCGCUUCGCCGCUGACCAUUGAGACCGGGGCAGCUUGCCGGUGACUCGCAAACCAGCAAAGGCGCGAACGCGCAUGGAUGGAGGCGAGGCCCGGCUCAGCCGGCAGCGUGCGGGAUGCACAGAGCCCGUGCUUGGGGGCGAAACCGACUGGGGCCGGACUUGGCGAAGGCUCCAGGGCGGCUUUGGAAGCAGGUGGCAGCAGCGGCGUCCUGCCGGCGCCGGCGAGGCUGCGGAAACGGCGACGGAUUCCCGAGGCUGUGGAAACGGCGCCGACGAGGUGUGCCGCGGGCGGCUCAAAACGGAGAGCAGGAGGCAGAGCUCGACGGGGGCGGCUUUGGCUCGGGAGGACCCGGGACGGCGCCCAGCCGCGCUUCCCAACGGCGGCCUCCAGCCACGCUUCCCAACGGCGGCAAGGAGACGGGCCGUGCUCUGCUCAGGCAGCGCGAGCGCGAGCCCCGCCCCGGCCAUGCGUGCGCCGCCACGGCCGCGCGAGCCCCGCUCCGGCUGUGUGUGGUAGGUGGUGCGGUGGUGGAAGGAAGAGGAGAGGAGAGAGGAGAGAGAAGGGAGAAAGAGGGGCUGGCAGGUGGGCCGUUGCAUGCGAAAAAGAGAUGCCGGCGUUCCCAGCGGCCUCCCGGGGGACUGGGUUUGGAAUGGGCGUGCCGGCCGUAACUUUCAUCAAAACCGGCGCAAAACUGGUUCCUGAGACCUCGAGUGGGUCGUUUUUUGACCGUCGGCGUCUAAAAAUGCGCCUCGGGAGGCUUCUUGAGGGCCUAGCUGAAGAUGCUCUUACUAGUAUGAUUCAAGACUGGAAAGCCCUACAACAUGCAAACCGCCUCCUCCCCGACCUCUACACACUGGCAGUAUUUCUCCAGCGCAACCGCAUCCCCCACUGCAUCUGCUCUGGCGAUAAUUGGCCCUUGAUUUUUGUAAGGAAAGCCAAGUCUUUAUUGCUCAAAUGGUACAUAGUUUUUUUUUUGAGGGAAUCAAAUGGUACAUAG